GCUCUGCUUGAGCUUGUCUAGGGAGAGGCUGAGAUGAGUGCAGAAAGUGGGAGGAUGCGUGGUCAUCCUUCCUCCUCUGGUGACAAGAAGUCCAAGAGAAAGCCUAAGAGAAAGGAAACUUAUUCAGUCUAUAUCUACAAAGUACUGAAGCAGGUGCACCCUGACACAGGUAUCUCCUCCAAGGCCAUGAGCAUCAUGAACUCAUUUGUCAACGACAUCUUUGAGCGGCUGGCAGUGGAGGCGUCGCGCCUGGCGCAGUACAACCACCGCUCGACCAUCACCAGCCGGGAGGUGCAGACGGCCGUGCGGCUCCUGCUGCCCGGAGAGCUGGCCAAGCAUGCUGUGUCUGAAGGCACCAAGGCUGUCACCAAGUACACCAGCAGCAAGUGA